AUGGACGUGAGAGCGGACGACGACGAAGCCCCUCCAGACCCGGCGGCGCGAAAGUUCAAGCAUCAUGAUUACACUGAACAAGAUUUCGAAGGUCAUCGAGCACACACUGUGUUCGUGGGGGUACAUGUACCAGCACGUCGACACUCUCACCGCAAGCAUAAACACCACCAUCGCAACGACGAUAAGGAUGUCGAUAGACCUGUAACACCACCCGCUCAAAGGGUACAAUUUAUUCUCGGGGAAGACGUUGAUGAUGCUGCAUUCGAAUCCCAUCCACUAUUCUCAGAGAUGGAAGAACUAGUCAAAGACGGAGAUGAACUUGAAUGGAAAGAGACUGCGCGAUGGAUUAAGUUUGAAGAAGAUGUGGAAGAAGGUGGUAAUCGCUGGUCGAAACCACACGUCGCAACAUUGUCUUUACAUUCCCUCUUUGAACUCAGAAGUCUCAUUUUAAAUGGCGCAGUUAUAUUGGAUAUGGAUGCUAAUUCUUUAGAUCAAGUAGCUGAAAAUGUUUUGGAUCAUAUGGUAGGAGAUGGUUCUCUAGGUUACGACUGUAGAGAGAAAGUGAAAGAUGCCCUUUUAAGAAGACAUCGGCAUCAGCAUGAGAAACGCAAUCAUAACAACAUGUCAAAACUUCCUCUAAUUCGAUCAUUAGCGGACAUCGGAAGAAAUCAUUCUUCUUGCAAAAAUUUCCAGGAAACUGGUUCUCGACGUACAAGCGCGAGGAAUAGUAACAAUUCGUCACCUCAGACGGCAUUACUACAUGCGCCAGAUGCCAGAGGCUCUUAUCUAGCUGUCCCAGGUGGUGCUCCCGAUGAAUGUAUGGUAAAAAGCCCGAGUAAUAUUUCAAUGCAAAGAAAUCACAGCUCUAGUGAUCUCCCAAUUAAUGGUGAUAUUAAUCAUAAAAGCAACACGAAUUUUAUGCGCAAAAUACCACCCGGUGCAGAAGCAUCUAAUAUACUAGUCGGUGAAGUCGAUUUUCUCGAAAAGACGCUAUCAGCAUUCGUUAGGUUGAAGACAGGAACGAUCAUGGGAGAUCUUACCGAAGUACCUGUUCCCACACGAUUCAUGUUCGUUUUAUUAGGUCCGCCGAACAGUAACUCGAGCUUUCAUGAAAUCGGUCGAGCUAUGGCUACGCUUAUGUCUGAUGAAAUUUUUCAUGAAGUCGCAUACCGUGCCAAGAAAAGAGAUCAUUUACUAGCAGGAAUAGACGAGUUUCUUGACGCAGUAACAGUAUUACCCCCUGGUGAAUGGGAUCCUGCAAUCCGUAUUGAGCCACCAGCUGCAAUACCUUCACAAGAUAUUCGUAAAAGACCUAAUGAUAAUAUUCAAAAAGAAGAACCAGACGAAGAAGAAGAAGAACAAAGACAAAGGGAAGAAUCUGGUUUAGCUAGAACUGGAAGGUUAUUUGGAGGUUUAAUUAACGAUCUUAAAAGAAAAAAGCCAUGGUAUUGGUCUGAUUUCAAAGAUGCAUUUGCACUUCAAUGUGUAGCAUCAUGGAUAUUUUUAUAUUUUGCGUGCUUGUCACCGAUAAUUACGUUUGGAGGAUUGCUAGGAGAAGCAACUGGGAAAAACAUGGCUGCAAUGGAGUCACUCGUAUCUGGAUUUGUUUGUGGUAUGGGCUACGGUUUUUUCUCCGGACAACCAUUGACAAUUUUGGGAUCUACCGGUCCAGUAUUAGUAUUCGAGACUAUUGUGUUUGAAUUUUGCAAACAGAUUGGCUGGAAUUAUAUGUCUUUUAGAUUCUGCAUUGGUACCUGGACUACCAUAAUAUUGAUUACUUUAGUCGCAAUCGAUGCCAGUGCUUUUGUUUGCUAUAUAACACGAUUUACUGAAGAAAAUUUUGCGACGCUUAUAGCGUUUAUUUUUAUUUACAAGGCUGUGGAAAAUGUUAUAUCUAUUGGUAAAAAGUUUCCGCUGAGGACGCACGCUGCAGAAAUUCUUAAUUAUGAAUGUUACUGUUUACCAAGUAAUUAUUCCAAAGUUCCAGAGCAGUUUAAUUGGACGACCGUUGAAAAAGAAUCUUGCCAGUUAUACAAUGGAACCUUGACCGGUGCUGGAUGCGAAACGAAAGUAUAUGUUCCAGAUGUUUUUCUGAUGUCAAUAAUAUUAUUCCUGGGUACAUUUACAAUUUCGAUAAUAUUAAAAGAUUUCAAAAAUUCUCUAUUCUUUCCAUCUAAGGUGCGGCAAAUUAUAAGCGACUUUUCGGUAAUUAUAGCGAUUUUGUCAAUGUCCUUCUUGGAUUAUAAAGUCGGAGUAAAAACGCCAAAGCUUGAAGUACCAUCAGAGUUUAAACCAACAUUGCCAACCAGAAAUUGGGUCAUUACCCCAUUCAAUGGCAAUCCCAUUUGGUCUGCUUUAGUAGCAAUUUUGCCUGCACUUUUGGGUACAAUUCUGAUAUUUAUGGAUCAACAAAUAACAGCAGUAAUUGUUAACCGAAAAGAGAACAAACUGAAGAAGGGAUGUGGAUACCAUUUGGAUCUCUUUGUACUCGCUAUUCUGAUACAAAUUUGCUCAGUAAUGGGUCUACCAUGGUUUGUGGCUGCUACCGUUCUCAGUAUCAAUCACGUUAAUUCACUGAAAGUUGAAUCAGAAUGUGCUGCGCCCGGUGAGAAACCCCAAUUCUUAGGAGUCAGAGAACAAAGAAUGACACACAUCAUGAUAUUCUUGACUAUCGGUUGUUCCGUAGUGUUGACACCAAUUUUAAGACAUAUACCCAUGCCUGUACUUUUUGGAGUAUUUCUGUAUAUGGGUGUCGCAUCAUUGAAAGGUUUACAAUUCUUCGAUAGGAUCUUAAUAAUGUUUAUGCCUCAGAAGUAUCAACCGGAUCACAUGUUCCUUAGACAGGUCCCAAUUCGUCGGGUGCAUUUAUUCACGGCCAUACAAUUAACGUGCUUGGUAUGCCUUUGGGUGAUAAAGUCGUUCUCAAUGACGUCUAUAUUAUUCCCAUUGAUGCUUGUAGUCAUGAUCGGGAUUAGGAAGAUGUUAGAUUUGUUCUUCACAAGGAGGGAGAUGAAGAUAUUGGAUGACGUGAUGCCGGAGAUGUCGCGACGGAAUCAAGAUGAACUACAUGAGCUAGGGGACGCGGAGGUACCAAACAAGAGUAACCCACCGCCAUAUCAAGAGAAUUUACAAAUACCUCUUAUAAAUGGAAAUAUUAUGAAUAUACCAUUAACUUCGAUUAAUAUAUCCGAGGAGGUAAAUAAGACGGGCAUCUGGAAACAAGUGAACAGCAGCAAUAAAAUGGCGCCAACAAGUGACACUAAAGAUAUUAAGGUGAAGUCAGGGAAGAAAAAUAAUAAACACAAGAAACUAAUGUCAAAGAACGCACAAUCAGAGAUCGAGAGGAGACUGUCGACUAUGGAUGAAGUGGAGGAAGAUGAUUCUACAUCGAAGGUGUGCAUCGAUGACACGAAAUUUUGAACAGGCAUGACACCCCAUGUAGACAGGAGGAUCACAG